AUGGCACCAAAUCCCGAGACGAGGGACAGCCUUGAGGCCGGUCGGUACGCAGUGGGCAACGAUAUCUACAUACCGAUUUCGCACUUCAAGAUCAACUUACAGCGCGCUACUAGUAUCGCCAUCAGAGGAGUCUAUAGCACAGAUCCUUUCGUUCUGACCAAGGUUGAGAUCAUCCCCUCGAUUCCCCCGGGCGUGGGCAUACCCCCAAAAUUACCCUCAGGUACCCUCGUAUUUGCCUGCACGCGGCCCAACUCGUUUGCAUUCGGCAUAGACGAUGGCAACCCAAAGUACGCUGCGAGGCUGGCGCAGAUCAUUCGCGACGCAGGCAUCAAGGUGACCUUUUUCGCGGUCGGCGCAGUGCUCGAAAACCCCUCGACAGGUAUGGCCAGCUUCUACCAGCAAUUGAAGGACGAGGGCCACCAGAUAGCGCUCCAUUCCUACUCGCACCCAAGGAUGGAGGGACUCCCAAGCAUUGACAGCAUCGACUGGGAGUAUACCGAGAAUUACAGGGUAAUGUCAAGCACCUUUGGCGAGAGAUCGACCUACUUCCGGCCACCUUUCGGCGUCGAAGGUGCGCGCAUGCGUCAGCGAUGGGCAGCUGCAUCAGGAUCGGACAAGGCUUACAUCAUCAACUGGAGUGUUGACGUCCAGGAUUGGCUGUGGGCAGAGACGGGUACUCCGGAGAAGCAAGUAGACGCCUUCAAGUCCGACGUUGCAAAAGGAGGCAACCUGGUCGUCAUGCACUUUUCGUACAACUCGACGGUCAACUAUUUCCCUGAAUUUAUCAGGCAGGCUAAGGCUGCCGGUAAGCAGAUCAUGCGAGUUGAUCAGUGCAUGGAGGAUCCGAACGCGAUAGGGAAUCAGGAGAUACUCGGCGGUGAGGGGCCUGAGACCUUGGUAGAGCAUGCUAGGGGGGUAUCAUGCGAUCAGAAGAUGUCCGUCACACCACGUGAGUGCAUCAGAAUUCACGUAGAGGUCGGGGGAAGUAUGCAAGGGGCACUGUUUGGCCUUGGCCUCUCACUUCGCCAGGCCCUGUCAAUGGGCAACAUGAACGGUGGCCCUGAGCGCCAGUGGCAUGUUCACUUUCCCGUAUCAUACCACUUCCUUGUCUAG